AUGAAUAAAAUUAAUAGACUGUCCCAUAACACUGAGAUAAGAAGUGCUAUUUAUUCUGGAGUUGGCAAUGGGAUCUCAGGCAACAGCUUCCUUCUUCUCUUCCACAUCCUCAAGUACAUUCGUGGGCAGAGGUCCAGACCUAUUGAUCUGCCCAUUGGUCUCUUGUCCCUAAUCCACCUGCUGAUGCUGAUAGUCAUGAGCUUAGUAGCUACAGACAUCUUUAUGCCAUGGGGGAGAUGGGGUGACACCACAUGCAAAUGUGUUACAUCCUUGUACAGGUUUUUUAGGAGUCUCUCUCUUUGUGCCACCAGCCUGCUCAGCAUCCUCCAGGCUGUCACCCUCAGUCCCAGAAACUCCUGCCUAGCAAAGUUCAAGCGUAAAUCUCCACACUACAUGCUAGGUUGCCUUCUUUUCCUGAGUAUCUUCUAUACGUUCAUUAGCAGUCCCCUUGUAACAUACAUAACUGUGAAGUCUAAUUUGACCUCACCUAGUUUUACAUAUAUCACUUCAUCAUGCUCUCUGGCACCCAUGAGUUACUCUGUCCAGCUCACAUUUUUUAUACUGUUGACCUCCAGGGAUGUCAUCUUUAUAGGUCUCAUGCUCCUCUCCAGUGGGUACAUGGUGACUUUCCUAGGCAGACAUAAAAAGCAAUCCCAGUUUCUCCAUAUCACCACCCUUUCCCUCAAACCAUGCAGAAAAAGAGCCAUGAGGACCAUUCUGUGCCUCAUGAGCUUCUUUGUGCUGAUGUACACCUUGGACAGCAUUGUCUCCUACUUAAGAAGUACCGAUGAUGGUCAGAUUUUUUAUUGUCUCCACAUUCUCACAGGCCAUGGCUAUGCCACAGUCAGUCCUUUUUUGAUCCUCAGUACUGAAAAAUAUAUAAUCAGCAUUUUCAGAUCCACAUUUGGAAGGAUGGUAACCAUCAUAUUACUCAGGAAUAGGUGA